GCUUACGCGUGAAGCACAACCGAACGCACGCUUUUUGAAUUCGGAACUGGCGCUUUCAUGUGUUUUCUUUUUUCGUGUGAAUUCGAAUUUGGAAUUAAUUUAGUUUUUUGUUCUGUGAAGUUUGAGUUGGUUAGAAACUUUUUUGUCAAGGACUCUUUUGUAGUGAACUUUUUAAACUGAAUAAUGGACUUGAAAUUGUUUUAAUUAGAAUUUUUUGAAACAGUUUGUUUUGGAGUGAGAGGAAUACUCCCGUGCCAGAAUGCCACACACAGGUCAAGCGGGGGUCAACCAAUUGGGAGGCGUCUUCGUAAAUGGCCGUCCACUACCAGACGUCGUUCGGAAGAGAAUCGUGGAGCUGGCCAUCAUGGGAGUGCGACCCUGUGAUAUUAGCAGACAGUUGUUGGUCUCACAUGGAUGCGUUUCGAAGAUCCUGACCAGGUUCUACGAGACAGGAUCUAUUAGACCAGGUUCUAUUGGUGGCAGUAAGACUAAGCAAGUCGCAACGCCAACAGUCGUGAAAAAGAUCCUUCGGUUAAAGCAAGAGAACCCGGGUAUGUUCGCGUGGGAGAUCCGCGAAAGACUGCUCAGCGCGAGAGUGUGUGAACCUCACUCUAUUCCUUCAGUCUCCAGCGUCAACAGGAUCUUGAGGAACAGCGGGCUGGCGUGGAGUGAUGACGACACUAGGAGUGCUCAUGAGACGUACCCGCAGCCAGAUUUACCUCCAAACAUGAUGGAGUACAUGUCAAUGAAGACGUCAUUGCCACCCACAGCCAUGCCAUCACAACAGAGCUCCCCAUACUUCGCACAUUCUGCUGUGAGAGUGCCACCUCCACAACACACGGACCCCACUCUAUACGACCGACGAUUGGCCACAUCAUGGCUUCUAGCCAACCAAGUACAAGCACAAGGCCUUUUGAAACCCUACCCAAUUAACCCAUGGCAAAGAAUAAUGCUACCCUACCACGACUCGAAAAACUUCUCACCCUAUGCUCUAAACCUACACAGCGACCUUCUAAACCGGAUAAAUCCGGAUGAAGUGAAAUCGGAAAAUUCGGAACAUAUUUCUGUUGAAGCGAGCGAUGAUAGCACCGACAGACCUGAUGUAGAUGACGAUCAGAAGUCACAAGAAAAAGAGAAAAAGAAGAAUCCGUAUUCUAUAGAGGAGUUGUUGAAAAAACCGGAUAAAAUGGUAAAUGUUAAUCCGAUUGGGUUCCAGAACUUUCUACGGCAACCGAGUGGAAGUAUGAUUGAGAAUGGCCAGGAUCUGAGCAAUAGAAGUUCGCCAGCUAGCUUCUGUUCUGUUCAGAGUGGCAUUUCUAAUGACUGUUUCUCUGAAUCCGCUAGUUCCGAGAUUAAAGCGGGAAAUUGAGUCUUAUGUCAAGUACUAAGUUAAUACAAUAUUUAUUCUUGUAAACUUUUAUUAGAUCAUACACACCUACAUCAAUAAAUAAUUGCGUAUUAAAAAAAUAAGGUGCAAAAGGUUCCACUCGUGGAUACACAGGUGGACAUCGAAAUGUUAUUUAAACUAAUUAGUACUUUAAUAAAGUAUUGAAACUAACUACUACAUACAAAUAGCCAUUAUUAAUUCUAAUAAUCAAAUAAUUAUCAAUACUAAAAGACACCGCACUUCAAAAACAAUUUUAACAUGUCAUAACUAGCGCCAUCUGUGAAUUGGAACUUGAAUUUAGAAGUGUUCGUGUACAUAAUAAAAUAAAAAAUUGAAUGUAAAUAAGUUUUGCCAUACUAUUAAACGCAUAGAAAUUUGA